CGAACAAAAGAACACCGGAAGGAUACCUCUUAUCUGCCGUUCUAUAUGCUGCCCCGAGAAUGGAUGACAAUGGAUCGACGAUCUUGGGGGGUAUUUCUCCCAAUUUGGAUCAAGAUGUGAGCUCUUCGCGUUAUCCUUACCUUUUUCCAUCCUCAACGCACGUGUUUGUGGGAUCCUAUCUUAUUCUCGUCGGGAUCUUAGGCACCAUAGGUAAUGGAGCGGUGGUGGCCAUGUUCCUGAGGUUCCGCGUGCUUGUAACGCCCACAUCCUUGCUGUUGAUUAACCUGGCCAUUUCAGACCUCGGGCUCAUCUUCCUGGGAUUUCCAUUUUCUUCGUCUUCCAGUUUUCAUGGAAGGUGGUUGUUCGGCGAGGGAGGAUGCCAGCUGUAUGCUUUCCUCGGCUUCCUGUUCGGCUCCGCACACAUAGGCACCUUAGCACUUCUGGCCCUGGACAGGUACCUGAUCGCCUGCCGGAUCAGCCUGAGGGUCAAGCUUACUUAUCGAAGAUAUUGCCAAAUGCUAUCCGUCGUUUGGGGCUAUGCCUUCUUUUGGGCCGCCAUGCCACUUUUAGGAUGGGGAAGGUACGGGAUGGAGCCCAGCAUAACGACAUGCACCAUAGACUGGCAGCACAAUGACUCCAACUACAAGUCCUUCAUUUUGGUGUAUUUUGUGCUCGGUUUUGUGGUUCCCUUGGCGAUCAUUGCUGUGUGCUACUGCGCCAUCGCAAGACGCGUCCGACGGAAACCCGGAUCCAAGCAAAGAGGAGCCGUCCAUGAUCAGUGGACAAAUGAAAAUUCCGUCACUUGUAUGGCUUUCGUUCUCAUUAUCGCCUUCAUAGUUGCUUGGAGUCCAUACGCAGUCCUAUGCUUGUGGACCAUCUUUUCCGAACCAGCAACUGUUCCACCCUUCCUGACGCUGAUCCCUCCUCUCUUCGCCAAAUCUUCUACCGUCGUCAACCCCUUCAUUUACUUCUUCUCAAACCCAAGACUGAGGACGGGGAUCAUUGCCACCCUUAUGUGCUGCAAAGAAACUCCCGUGGAAAGUAUAGAAUUGCCUGAAUCUCCCGAAAGGGCACCAGCAAAUGUAGAACCUCUUUAAUGGUGGUGUCAGAAAUUGAACUGUGAUGGUGUGGUGAAAUACAGCGGUACUUGUCUUCCAAUAUCAGGAAAUGAAUCGAAGUCACUCAUUCUAUUUAACAAUUUCAUUUUAAUUCUGAUUCUCACUCGUAGAAAAUACCCAGAGAAGUUUUGUCAUUCGAUAAAGUAACUAAUUUCAGAUUUUCAGAUAUUUCAUUUGAUUUUCAUGUCAGA